CGCCUAUUUUAGUAUGAUAGGAGCCGGGAGCAUGGCGGCAGCAAGGGACGAACUGCAGGUAAUGUGCACAAUGUCAUUCUACCGUCUAGGGAAUUGUAUUGUCAUCGGUUGAACCCAUCGCUUUGCUGGUGCUGACAGUCUGGCGCGUCGUCCAUGGACGAAGCCAACAUUGACGAGCUGCUCAAUGAGCUGGCUGCAGGUCAAUCAAUCAAUCAGACCACACCACAGGGAUCAAACCCAUGGCCGGACACUCUCUCCUCUUUUCUCAGAUGCGCCAGGCGACGACAGCCCAUCGGCAGCCGGCCAUUCGCGCGGCGCGGGCAGGCACGCCCACAAAAGGAAGGAGCCAUCGCCCAGACCCAAGGAGCCCGAUGCUGAUGCCGCAAAGGCAUCAGAGCCCCCCGCCCCUACUUCUGCUGCCGUUCCGGUCACCCUGACAGCUUCCCUUACCAAGAAGCGGUCCGACGACUCGUUCACGUCGGACCUCAUCGCAUCCGCAGAGGGCAAGAAGCACGAGCCACCCAAGCCCAGCGGCCGUCUGGAGGUCCCGCCUGCAAGCGGCCGGCCGAUGUCCGAGAGCUCGGAGGACUCCAUGGCGCUGCCCAAGUCGCUGCAGGCGACGGCUGGCACGGCCAUAGCGAGGGAGGAGAGCGACGACGAGGAUGAGGACCUGCAGAGAUGGCGGCAGGUGGCGCAGGAGGCCACUCAGCGCACCGAGCCGCCAACCGUGCCACAGCCACCAGCACAGAGGAUCGAGGUUUCGGCCGGCCACAUGGCUGUCAGGCAGGAGGCGCCGUCUCCUGCCAGCGGGAAAGGCGGCAGUGGGCCACCGACUGGACGUAAGGCGGAGCCGUCCCAGCCGAUUUCGCGAAGACGGUCCUCAGACGCCAUGGCUGGCGUGCAGAGGGGGCAGCAGAGCGGUGGCGCCGGGAAAGAGAAGGAGAAGGAGGACACGGCGGCGCCCAAGAAGCGUUUGCACAUUGUGCCCAAGGGGAUGGGGGAGGGGCCACCACCGACGCCACCACCAGCGUCGGCAACGGCUGAGGAAGCGGACACUUCCCCUGCCCCUGCCCCUUCCCCUGCCCCUGCUGAUGCCCACUCUGCCCAGCCGGCCGUCGCCAAGCAAGAGGAGGAGCCGCUGCCCGCCAUUGCAGCGAUAUCGGCUGAUAGAGGUGCCGAGUUCAUUCCCCCAAGUGGCUCGCUGCCGCCCCACUUGCGCGACUUCGACCGGGUGACGCAGCAGGUGAUAGCUUCGGUGCUGAGCGACCCGAUGAUGAGGGAGGGCGGUGAAGGCGACAAUGAUGCCUCGACGGCCGAUGUGGUGGCGGAGGGGUCACCUGCCAGGUGUGUCAUGAAGCUGCGGAGGGCCCUCAUGGCAUACCAGGAGCUGCUCGAGGUGAGAUGCGAAACAUCCACACGUACACACAUACAUCAGCCUCUUCCGGGAGGUUCUUCCUCCUUCCUCCUUGUUGCAGGCGGCGCACCGGUCCAUCAGCCACCUGCAGUCGACCGUGGCCGACCAGCACCGCCAGCUGUGCGCUGCGGGGCGGAAGGUGGACAGGCUGACGGCCCUGCUGGACCGUGAGCAGCAUGCGGGCGAGGGUGUGCGGGGCGAGAGGGAGCGGCUGAUGAAGGAAACCGACGACAUGAGACGGCGGCUGGAAGAGGUAAGUGAUACGGGUGGGUGGGGAGGUGGGGAGGUGAGUGAAGUGUUUCGUCAUGUCAUGUCAUGGUGUGGUUCUGGUCCUGGUGUGUGCAGUAUGAGAAGGGGCGCGUCGAGCGUGAGCGUGGCGACCAGGAAAAGGACAAACUGAUAGAGGCACUGGUAGGCAGGCACCUGCACGAAUGAGAUGAGGAGGAACACAAGUGAGUGCUGUUAUAUACCCCUCUUGGUUGGUCAUGGGUGCGGUGCAGCGUGGGCGUCUGUCCGACCACGAGAAGACCAUCGCCAUACUGCGGAAGGAACAACACUCAGCCGUGAGGAUGCAAAGGCACCCAAUCGGUUGUUGGUGGAUGUGAUGUGUGGGUGGCUUGGCAUGGUGCACUCACUCAGGUGAAUGAGCUGCAGCUGCGGCAGGACGAGAUCAGCCGCCUCAUGCGCCAAUUCGCAGACACCAAAAAGGAAGCCAUCGAUCUCUCACAAGAGGUCCGUAUCCCAAACAACACAAACCCGCACACGUGCACACACAGACAGACACCUGCAGUGCACGUCUUCUCAUCACUGCUCUGCUCAGCUGUCGGUGAUGCGUUCCCAAUACGGCCCGCCCCUCCGCCCCCCCUCUCCAUCUCCUUCUCCCUCCCCACCCCAAGGCGACAUGGACGUGACGCAGUACUGCGGGCCCAUUCCCGAGGGUGCGGAGGAGCUGGCGGCAGAGGUGGCCACCCUACGGGCCUGUCUGGCGCUCAAGGACAUGGACCUUGACGCGGCCUACCAGCGGUGCGGGGUGUAUGAGGAGCGCAUGGCCGACUACCGUACCGCACUUGGGGAGAUCGAGCCGAGCCACCCACUCCUCACAGAUGACUUGCAGGCUAGACAGGUAGGCGUGGGAGGGCAACGGGCGGUAUGUGAGAAGUGAACGUGUGUGCCUGUGCGCCAGGUGUUGAGGGAGCCAGUGAGUAGUGGGGACGGUCUGGGUGGUGCGGGGGCUAUUGUGGAUCGCAGCAUGGGGGUGCCUGAGCUGCCCGAGGAUGAGCAUGACGGCGGUAGACAGCAGCAGCUGGACAGAAGGGAGUCCAUGCCGUGGGAGACACUAGUCAGUCCAUCCAUCUGCACACCACACACAAUCGAUCGAUGCACAUGUCAUAGAUGCCGUGUGUGUGGUUGUGGUUGUGGUGCGUGUGUGUCUGUGUGCAGGUCCGUUCUCUCCUGUCCUGGGCAGAGGUGCACCAGUCGAUGGCUCAGCUGAAGGAUGAGAUCAGGCGGCUGCACGACCGGCAGCAGCGGCAGGCGCAGAUGCUCAGCAAGAUACAGCCAUACCUGCCCGGCAACAAAUCGCAAGCCGCGACCGCACAGAAGGACGCUGACGUCUCAGUAAGCAGCAUCCACCCACACAUGCGCACGAGAUCGAUCACCAACACAUACAUAAGUCUUUCUCCGUGUGUUGUGUGGUGUUGUGUGGAGUCAGACUCAACUGAGUGAGCUGCGUGGGGCUCUUCGCGAGAAGUCUGUAGCCAUGGAGGAGGCUGAGCAGCGUGUGGAGGCGGCGGCCUUUCUCGCAACCAAAGAAGACCUGCAGGUGGGGGCAUCCCGCUGAUGCUCAUGUCCGACGGCUGAUGUGUUUGUGUGUGGGGUGGGGUGCCCCCGUCAGGAAGCCCGACUGGAGGUGGAGCGGCUGAUGCCGACCCUGCCGCCGGCGAUACUGCGGUUGAUGCAGCCGAAGCUGCACACCAUCAUGCAGAACAAGAGCUACGCCAGGGGCUGACUGGCUGAAGCAUAGGGGCCUGUGAGCGUGUGCAUAUGUCAAUCGACUCAUUCAUGAUGGCAUGGCCUGCAAUGAUAUCACUCAGCAAAUUUGCUGUGUGACGUGAUGGGCGAACCACCAACGAGUCUUUCUUUCAUGACAGUCCCUGACUGACUGAAUGAACGAACAUGUGGUGUGUAGCCAUGUCUCUCUCGGUUCACACACACGGAACGACAUCGACAGACAGAGCUCAAUUAAUGCAAAAAAUAAC